AUGGCUCCGCCAACGGCAGUAGUUGAUGGCGGAGGGGCUGCACCAGCACCGCAAGGGAGACAACAAGGCGGCGGAGGCUUUAGUUUCACCGGAAUCAUUCGUAUGGUUGUUUUCUGGUAUUUCGCUUCCAAAUUCUUUUCUCCUGCUAAGAAACCUACAGAACCUUCCGCUCUCGUCUCUAACCUAUUCCACAAAGGACAGCCGUUGGAUAUGUGGCUUUAUCUUACUGAGAACGAGAAGUUCAAUGAAUUUGGUAGUGAAAGUGCUCUUGUAUGGCAUGAAACAAAUAUUCCCUAUGCCGUUUGGGUACCUGAGAGUACCAGGACUCUUACUUUGAACUUUCCCCCAACUGAGUCUUUGAAGCACAAUGGGAGUCUAUAUGCUCAUGUUUUCUUUGCACAAUCUGGAUAUUCGCCUGACCCUAGUGAUCCCGAAUACCAGUCUCAAGCAGCAUUUGGAAGGACACUUCCUGUUGUGGUAUACUCGCCAAAGUCAAAAGCAGAUAAAAAGAAGAGUCUGUUGGGAGGUGUACCGGAUUCAAGUGAGGGCCAAGUAACUCCAGAGGUUGUUGAUGAUAGUGAAGAUGAUUCUGAAGAUGAUGGUUCAGUGGAGUGGCUUGCAUAUUGGAAACCAAAUAUAACAAUUAACUUGAUUGCCGACUUCACUCAGUACCCGAAUACAGGAAUACCACCUAACAUUGCUCCACACUUGAACAUUGAUCCUAUCACUGGGAACUACUAUCCAACCAUUUACUUCAAUGAUUUCUGGUUACUGCGGGAUAAGUUAAUAGCUUUGAAUGAGACAGUUACUGAACUGACACUUAAUCUGGAAGUUGGUCCUAUUAGCAUGACGAAGUGGCAAUUAUUCAUGCAAGUUGAUCAGUCCUUCCAAGUUCACCGUAGUUACGGAAGCAUGAUUGAAGGCGAGGCUGAUGAACUUAAGAGGGUAUUCUUGGAAGGAAAUCUUUACCUCCUAGGAGUUACCAUGGUCGUUUCUCUUCUUCAUUCAGUAUUUGACUUUCUGGCUUUUAAGAAUGACAUUCAAUUUUGGAACAAAAAUAAGUCCAUGGAAGGACUCUUUGCGAAGACUGUUGUUGUGAGCUUUAUUUCUCAGCUCAUCAUCUUCCUUUAUCUGCUUGACAACGACAUAUCUUGGAUGAUUCUUCUAAGCUCUGGAGUUGGUUUGAUUAUCGAGUUCUGGAAAAUUGGAAAAGCCAUGCACAUAGAGAUUGAUAGAACAGGAAGGAUACCUAUGUUGAGGUUCAGAGAUCGGGAUUCAUAUGCUGGGAAUAAGACAAAAGAGUAUGAUGAUAUUGCAAUGAAGUAUUUAACCUAUGUUCUAUUUCUCCUUUCUGCCGGCUUUGCUGGUUACUCACUGAUGUACGAACGCCACAAGAGUUGGUAUUCUUGGAUUCUGUCAUCACUCACAAGUUGUGUAUACAUGUUUGGUUUUAUUAUGAUGUGCCCUCAAUUGUUCAUCAACUACAAGCUCAAAUCUGUUGCUCAUCUACCUUGGAGGCAGAUGACUUACAAGUUUCUCAACACCAUCAUUGAUGAUCUUUUUGCCUUCGUCAUUAAAAUGCCUACACUACAUCGGCUUUCUGUCUUCCGUGAUGAUCUUAUCUUUCUUAUAUAUGUAUACCAGAGAUGGAUUUAUCCAGUGGAUAAGAAGCGUGUUAACGAAUUUGGUUUUGGAGGGGACGAUGAACAGGCUAUCGAUUCUGCCGAGACAGUUGCAGCAAAGGAAGAAGAGAAGAAAACUAAUUGA